AUGACACAGCGAAGGAGUUGUCGGCUGAAAUGAUAAUUUUCAACUUCGACGUUUUCACGGGCUCCACAAUAUGACAGAAACAAUAAUGUCUUCGUCCCAACGAAGUCUCACCCCUAACCUGCUCCCAUUUUCUUAACCCUAUAUUUCCCAAAUUUCAAGCGCGUGAUCCCUCACAAUUUCUCCAUUGAAAACCCUUGUUCUCCCCCAAUCCAAUCAGACCUCCCGAUCCCCACCUUCCCUUUCCACAUGGCUCUCUCUCGCGCCCAACCCGACUCAUCGGACGCCGCAAUCCACUGCACUUUCGGCUCCCGAUACGUCCGCACCGCUCUCCCCAGGUUUCGGAUGCCGGAGCAAUCGAUACCGAAAGAGGCGGCUUAUCAGAUCAUUCAUGAUGAGUUGAUGCUUGAUGGGAAUCCGAGAUUGAAUCUGGCGUCCUUCGUCACGACGUGGAUGGAGCCGGAGUGCGACAAGCUCAUCAUGGCUUCCAUCAACAAGAACUAUGUGGACAUGGAUGAGUACCCAGUUACCACUGAGCUCCAGGUGAUUCAUUUAUUAGUUUCCAUCUUACCUAAUCGCUAUAUCGAUUCAUGGAUUUUAUUUAGGUUUUGAGAAGCAAUCGUGAGAAAUUAAUGUAAGAUUACGGAGAUUAUUUAGUUAAAAUCAUAAAUUUAAGCCAUGGAUUUUAUAUGUAAAGAAGAUUGUAAGAUAAUCGAGAGCAGGUGCAGAAAAAAAAUGAGUUUGAUUAA